AUGGUUGGUUGGCCGAGCAGAACCGCCACCUCGAGAGCCUCAUUUCCGCCACCAUGGCCGACGGAGGCCCAACGUCCGAGUCCCUACGGGUGCUCACGGGUCGGGUCAUGGACCACUACGAGCAGUACUAUCGGGCCAAGUCGGUUUGGGCCCACCGAGACGUGUUGGCAGUGCUAUGGCCCUCGUGGAGAAGCUCCCUGGAGAAAGCCUUCGUUUGGAUCGGCGGGUGGCGCCCUUCCACGGCUUUCCACCUCCUUUACUCCAAGUUUGGGCUCCAGUUCGAUGACUCAGAGCCAGCUCGACUCAUCCAGAGUCGACCUGGCAAGUCUUACCGUCGAUCAGUUCCACAUGAUCGAUGAGCUGCAGAGGGUCACGAUCAGGGAUGAGCGGAUUAUCACUGAGAAGAUGGCUAAGGUUCAGGUAUCAUGUAAUAUCAUAUAUGGUCCUGUACGUUGUUAA